CAGGAAUUAGUCUAUCGCGAGAACAGGAGAGAAAGUUUCGUCGGAAAGUGGAGCUGUGGAUGAGAGAGCAGAGAAGGGGAGCAAGUUCAGCCGAGACGAUGAGAUGAGAAGGAGCCUGCUAGAGGAUUACUUCGCCUUAUCUCGCUAAAUGCCCAAACUGACGUGAUUUUCAUCUCAUCUAAACUCCUAUCGCACAGAUGCCUCAGAUUUAUCGGGAAGCCGCACAAUGGUGUGAUUUACAUUGCGCUUGAGCGAGCACGUCUCCUGCUUUUGGGACUUAGGUGUCCCAUGAAAACUUUUAUUCAUCGCAGUGUUUGAAAACAAUCGCGCAUCUUGUUGGUUUUGAUCGCAAAGAACCAAUCUCCAUUCGGAGAAAAGAUUUGGACGAGCCUUAUGAUCAUAUGAACAGGCUCUGCACAGAGUGAAGAAAGGGAUUCUACACCGUGGUAUAAGAUUUUCAGAAGAGGAGACGCGCAUUUUGAAAUUUGCAGGCACAUAAAGAAAGGUGCAGGAUGUGGCAGGGUUGGCUGCUGAAGGUUACCCUGGGACUUGCAGCGGUCUUGUCGGCAACCAUCGAUGCCGAGGAGGUGGUUGGCACCUCAAUGACCAAGGCUGGUAAAUCAGGCGAGCCCAGAGCCAACAGGUCGAAGCGGCGAGGCGGGGGUCAAGAUGUUCUACGGGGGCCAAAUGUGUGCGGAUCGCGUUUCAACUCGUACUGCUGUCCGGGGUGGAAGACGCUGAGUGGAGGGAACCAGUGCAUUGUCCCCAUCUGUAGGAGUUCCUGCGGUGAUGGCUUCUGCUCCCGACCCAACAUGUGCACCUGCCCCACCGGCCAGAUCUCUCCCUCCUGUGGCUCCAAGUCAGCUCAGCAUUGCAACAUCCGCUGCAUGAAUGGAGGCACCUGUGUGGAGGAAAGCUGCCAUUGUCAGAAAGGCUACAACGGAGCUCACUGCGGCCAACCUGUCUGUGAGAGUGGAUGCCUUAAUGGUGGCCGGUGUGUUGCUCCCAAUCGCUGCGUCUGCACGUACGGUUUCACAGGAGCCCAGUGUGAAAGAGAUUACCGGACGGGCCCAUGUUUCGCCUCCGUCACCAACCAGAUGUGCCAGGGCCAGCUGAGUGGCAUCGUGUGCACCAAGACGCUGUGCUGCGCCACCGUGGGUCGCGCCUGGGGCCACCCCUGCGAGAUGUGCCCCGCCCAGCCCCACCCCUGUCGUCGCGGCUUCAUUCCCAACCACCGCACGGGCGCUUGCCAAGAUGUGGACGAGUGCCAGGCCAUCCCUGGUCUCUGCCAAGGAGGGACCUGUAUAAACACCGUAGGAUCCUUCGAGUGCAAGUGCCCCGCCGGACACAAGUUCAACGAAAUCAGCCAGAAAUGCGAAGAUCGUGACGAGUGUGCCAGCGUGCCAGGCCUGUGUAGUGGUGGAGAGUGCUCCAACACCAUUGGCAGUUACUUCUGCAGAUGCCCACAUGGCUAUGACACAGCGCAAGACGGCUCUCGCUGCAUCGAUGCUCGGGCUGGCUUCUGCUACGCCAGCAUGGUGAAUGGGCGCUGUGCCAACCCCAACCAGACGCCCAUGACCAAGUACCAGUGCUGCUGCGACAGCGGGCGGUGUUGGUCGAGCACCACCACCCCGGAGAUGUGCCCCAUGAGGGGGACAGAUGAAUACCUGCGCCUGUGCUCUCAAGUACCCGCUGUUGGUGGCGGCACCUACCCCGGCGGCCCCUACCCCGGCGGUCCAUACCCUGGAAUCCCAACGGGUCCGCACGGCCCAGGCAUCCCCAUCGGCCCAGGAGGUGGUAUCCCAAUCGGUCCUGGUGGCGUCCCAAUCGGGCCCGGGGGCGGUGGCAUAGGCCCUGGUGGGGGCGGACAGGUGCCCGUGUAUCCCGGUGGGGGUGGCCAGAUCCCUAUAUAUCCCGGUGGUGGCGUGGACCCGGGUCGUCCAAUCGUCGUACCACAGAACAUCACCAACAUGUGCAAGCAGAUCCUCAAUCUCUGCAUCAACGGUCGCUGCGUCCCAACACCUGGGAGCUACCGCUGUGAAUGCAACAUGGGCUAUCGUCUUGACAACCGCGGAGAGUGCAUCGAUGAUGACGAGUGUGAGAGGAGUCCGUGUCUGCAUGGCGAGUGUGUCAACACAGGAGGCUCCUACUUCUGCAAGUGUCCGCCUGGCUUCCAGACCACCGCCACCAGGACCGAGUGCAAAGAUCUGGAUGAGUGUGUGGCCAACGGGCGCAUCUGCAACAAUGGCCGCUGCGUCAACACCGUGGGCAGCUUCAACUGCGUGUGCAACGCCGGCUUCGAGCUCACCCCCGACGGCAAGAACUGCCAAGACCAGGACGAGUGCCUGAAGAACAUCUGCCAGAACGGGAUGUGCAUGAACGAAGAGGGCAGCUUCAAGUGCAUCUGCAAGGCCGGCUUCUACUUGGACCCCACCGGACGCUUCUGUCUCGACAUUAAUGAGUGCGAGACUCCUGGAAUGUGUAUGAACGGCCGGUGUGUGAACACGGAGGGCUCCUUCAGGUGUGAAUGCAUGCCAGGCCUGGCAGUGGGCCUGGACGGCCGCGUCUGCGUGGACACACAUAUGCGCAGCACAUGCUACGGUGGUUACAAGCGGGGACUGUGUGUCCGUCCCUUCCUGGGCGCUGUCACCAAGUCCGAGUGUUGCUGCGCCAACCCCAACUACGCCUUCGGAGAGCCCUGCCAGCCUUGCCCACCCCAGAGCUCAGCGGAGUUUCUGGCCCUGUGCAGCCACGGUCCUGGCACUACCACGGACGGCAGAGAUAUUAAUGAAUGUGCACUUGAUCCUGACAUUUGCCAGAAUGGUGUCUGUGAGAACAUGCUGCGAACAUACAAGUGCAAUUGCAAUAUGGGAUUCGAAGUGGACUCCACCGGGAAGCAGUGUAUUGACAUUGACGAGUGUGCGGUGAACAGGCUUCUGUGUGACAACGGGCUGUGCAGGAACACCCCUGGCAGCUUCACGUGCCAAUGCCAGAAGGGCUUCGUCUUCUCCCCAGAGACGGACGUGUGCGAGGACAUUGACGAGUGCGAAUCGAAUCCGUGUGUCAAUGGCGGCUGCAAGAACAGCCCUGGGUCCUUCUUGUGCGAGUGUUCCGUUGGCAGCACGCUGGACAGUUCUGGAACCCAGUGCAUUGAGACCAGUAAAGGGAGGUGCUGGCUGAAAGUUGUGAAUGGCCGCUGUGAGAUCAACAUCAACGGUGCCACCUUGAAGUCCCACUGCUGCGCUACUCUGGGCGAGGCCUGGGGCAGCCCCUGCACCAAGUGUGAGCCAGAUCAGUUUUGCCAGAAGGGUUACGCCAGAGUGAAGGGUCAAGUGUGCGAGGAUGUGAAUGAGUGUGAGGUGUUCCCCGGCGUCUGCAUCAAUGGCAAGUGUGUCAACACGGUGGGCUCCUUCAUCUGCGAGUGUCCCACUGGCAUGACCGUGGACGCCUCGGGAAGAACUUGCAUCGACCUGCGCAUGGAGCAGUGCUACCUGACCCACGUGGACGAGCGCUGCGGCGCCCCCAUUCCAGGCAGGCACCGCGUGGACGGCUGCUGCUGCUCGGUGGGCGUGGCCUGGGGUCCUGAGUGCGACGAGUGCCCGGAGAAGGGCAGCAAGGAGUACAACCUGCUCUGUCCACGUGGACCGGGAUUCUCACACCGCGGCGACUUCAUCAACGGGAAACCUUUCCUCAAGGAUAUCAACGAGUGCAAAAUGAUCCACAGCCUGUGCACCCACGGCCGCUGUCGGAACACCAUCGGCAGCUUCCGCUGCAGGUGCGACAACGGCUUCGCUUUGGACUCGGAUGAAAGGAACUGCACAGAUAUUGAUGAGUGCCGCAUCUCUCCGGACCUGUGUGGCCACGGGAACUGUGUGAACACGCCGGGAGACUUUGAGUGCCAAUGCUUCGAGGGCUACGAGAGCGGCUUCAUGAUGAUGAAGAACUGCAUGGACAUCGAUGAGUGUGAGCGUAACCCUCUGCUGUGCCGCGGUGGCGAGUGCAUCAACACGGAGGGCAGCUUCGAGUGCAUGUGUCCAGACGGCCACUCCAUCGCCCCCGACGGCUCCGCUUGUCUAGAUAUAAAUGAGUGUGAAUUGAGUGACAAGCUCUGUAAGCACGGCCAGUGCGUGAACAUGAUCGGACGCUACCAGUGUUCCUGUGACACGGGGUACAAAUCCACCGAGGACAGGCUUUCUUGUAUAGAUAUUGAUGAGUGCACAAUCCAAAAUGGCGGCUGUGAGACGUUCUGCACCAACUCAGAGGGCAGUUACGAGUGCAGCUGCCGCAGUGGCUACGCCCUCAUGCCCGACCUCCGUAGCUGUACAGACAUUGACGAAUGUGAGGACAAUCCGAACAUAUGCGAUGGGGGCCAGUGCACAAACAUCCCGGGUGAAUACCAGUGUCUGUGCUUCGAUGGGUUCAUGUCCUCUGAAGAUAUGAAGACAUGCCUGGAUGUUGAUGAGUGCGAGCUCAACCCCAACAUCUGCCUGAGUGGGAAGUGUGAGAACAGCAGAGGCUCCUUCAUCUGCCACUGUGACCUGGGCUACUCCGUCAGGAAGGGCAGCACGGGAUGCACAGACAUUAACGAGUGUGAGAUCGGUGCCCACAACUGUGACCGCCAUGCCACAUGCACCAACACGGCCGGAAGCUUCAAAUGCAGCUGUGCCCCCGGCUGGAUUGGUGACGGAGUGAAGUGCACAGAUCUGGAUGAGUGCUCCAACGGUACCCACAUGUGUAGCCACAACGCCGACUGCAUGAACACCAUGGGCUCCUACCGCUGCGUCUGCAAGGACGGCUUCACCGGAGACGGCCUCUACUGCUCAGACAGUGACGAGUGUUUGGACAACGUGAACCUGUGCGAGAGCGGCCACUGCCUGAACGUGCCCGGUGGCUACCGCUGUGAGUGUGACAUGGGCUUCUUCCCCACGCCCGACGGCAAGGCCUGCGAGGACAUAGACGAGUGCUCCUUCUCCAAUGUCUGCAUCAACGGCAGGUGUCAGAAUAUUCCGGGCCUGUUCCGAUGCGAAUGCCACAUCGGCUACGAGCUGGACAGGAGCGGCGGGAACUGCACAGAUGUCAACGAGUGUGCUGAUCCAACCUUCUGCAUAAGUGGGCAUUGUGUAAAUACACCCGGAAGCUACCUCUGCAACUGCCCACCGUACUUUGAGCUCAAUCCGUCCGGAGUUGGCUGUGUAGAUACUCGAUCUGGCAACUGCUACCUGGAUGUGCAGUCGCGUGGCGACGCGUCGGAGAGCCUGCACUGCUCCAACGAGAUUGGCCAGGGGGUGUCGAAGGCCUCCUGCUGCUGCUCACAGGGACAGGCCUGGGGCACGCCCUGCGAAGAGUGCCCCUCGCUCAACUCCUCGGAGUACAAGACCCUGUGUCCUGGAGGAGAGGGCUUCAGGCCCAACCCCAUCACUGUCAUCCUGGAAGAUAUCAACGAAUGUCUGGAGCUUCCGGGUCUCUGCCAAGGAGGAAAUUGCAUUAAUACAUUUGGGAGCUUUCAGUGUGAAUGUUCAAAGGGCUUUGCGCUGAACGAAGAGAACCGGGUCUGCGAAGAUGUGGAUGAGUGUGAGCGUCCAGGCAUCUGCGGGCCCGGGCGGUGCUACAACACCAUCGGCAACUACACCUGCAUCUGUCCGCCAGACUACAUGCAAGUCAACGGGGGAAACAACUGCAUGGACAUGAGGAAGAGCCUGUGCUUCAGGCACUACUACUCAGACAACCACACGUGUGACGGGGAGCUGACCUUCAACGUCACCAAGAAGAUGUGCUGCUGCUCCUACAACAUCGGCCGCGCCUGGAACAAACCCUGCGAGCAGUGCCCUGUACCCAGCACAACUGAGUUUGCCACCCUCUGCGGCAGUGAGAGACCUGGAUAUUACAUUGACAUUUACACCGGACAGGUCAUCGACAUUGAUGAGUGCAGGGAGAUCGCUGGGCUGUGUGAGAAUGGCGUGUGCAUCAAUAUGAUCGGCAGCUUCAGGUGUGAGUGCCCCAUGGGAUUCGUCUACAACGACAAGCUCCUCAUCUGUGAAGACAUUGACGAGUGCCAGAAUGGUCCGGUGUGCCAGCAGAACGCGGCCUGUCUCAACCUGCCAGGAAGCUACCGCUGUGAGUGCAAGCCAGGCUACCGCUUCACCCCCACCGGACAGUGCCUUGAUCGUAACGAGUGCAUUGAGACCCCCAACGUCUGCCACCCUGGACAGUGCAUUGACACCGUGGGAAGCUACCGUUGCCACUGCCCACAGGGAUACAAGGCCACCACAGACCAGUCCAUGUGCAUAGACGUGGAUGAGUGCGAACGGCAGCCGUGUGGCAAUGGAACCUGCAAGAACACACUGGGGUCCUACAACUGCAUCUGCUACCCCGGCUUCGAGCAGUCGCACAACAACGACUGCAUUGACAUGGACGAGUGCGCCACGCAGCGAGGCCUGUGUCGCAACGGGGUGUGCCAUAACACGGUGGGCUCGUUCCAGUGUGUGUGCCGGGACGGCUACGAGCUCACGUCAGACGGGAGGAUGUGUGUGGAUAUCAACGAGUGUGCGGACAACCCUGGAACCUGCGGCCCCGGAACAUGUCAGAACCUGGACGGGUCCUACAGGUGCAUCUGCCCCAACGGCUACUACGUCAUCAACGAGAAGUGUGAAGAUAUUGAUGAGUGCACUCAGAGUCCCGAUAUCUGCAUCUCUGGCACCUGCACUAACACACCCGGAGGAUUCAAAUGUGACUGUCCCGAGGGCUACCAACUCACCUCGUCUGGACGCAGAUGUCUGGACAUGCGCAUCCACUACUGCUACACCAAGUUUGAGAAUGGCCGCUGCCUGGCCCCCAAGCACCUCAACACCACCAAGGCCAGCUGCUGCUGCAGUGCCAUGCCCGGACAGGGCUGGGGAGACCCCUGCGAGAUCUGCCCCAGCAUGGAAGAGGAGGCGUUCAGAGUGCUGUGCCACAACGUUGGCCAGACCUUCGGGACCAACGAUGAGCCUAUUGACAUUGACGAAUGCUCUACCAACCCGAAUGCCUGCAACAACGGGGAGUGCAUCAACACGGACGGCUCGUACCGCUGCGAGUGUCCCUUUGGCUUUAGACUGGACACCACUGGCAUCAACUGUGAAGACAUGAAUGAGUGUGACCUCGGUAACCCCUGUGGCAACGGGACCUGCACCAACGUCAUCGGGGCCUUCGAGUGCGCCUGCGACGAGGGCUUCGAGCCGGGACCCAUGAUGUCAUGCGAGGACGUGAACGAGUGUGCCCUGAACCCUCUGCUGUGUGCCUUCCGCUGUGUCAACACCCACGGCUCCUAUGAAUGCAAGUGCCCCACCGGCUACGUUCUCCGUGAGGACCAGAGGAUGUGCAAAGACCAGAACGAGUGCGAGGAUGGUAUCGACGACUGCAAGUCACGUGGAAUGACGUGCAAGAACCUGAUCGGCACGUACAUGUGCAUCUGUGCGCCUGGCUUCAUGAGAGCACCUAACGGAGAGGGCUGCAUAGAUUUGAAUGAGUGCAGCACCAAGCCGGGUAUCUGCCAGAACGGCCGCUGUGAGAACACCAUUGGAAGCUACCGCUGCAAGUGUGACCAAGGCUUCAGUCCCAGCUCCUCCCAGACAGAAUGCAUUGACAAUAGACAAGGUUUCUGCUUCACCGAGGUCCUGCAGACGCUGUGCCAGAUGACGUCCAGCAAUCGCAACAGCGUCACCAAGUCCGAGUGCUGCUGCGACGGCGGCCGAGGCUGGGGACCCAACUGUGAGCUCUGCCCCCUGCCUGGCACCACCCACUACAAGAAGAUGUGCCCGCUCGGACCCGGGUUCACCACCGACGGCAGAGACAUUGAUGAGUGUAAGGUGAUGGGUAACCUGUGCAAGAACGGCCAGUGCAUCAACACCAUCGGCUCCUACAGCUGUGUCUGCAAAUCAGGAUACACGCCAGACAUCACUGGAACGACCUGUAUUGACGUGGACGAGUGUUCGCAGGCUCCAAAGCCGUGCAACUUCAUCUGUAAGAACACGGAGGGCAGCUACGCCUGCUCCUGCCCCAGGGGCUACAUCCUGCAGGAGGACGCCAAGAGCUGCAAAGACCUGGAUGAGUGCUCAACCAAGCAGCACAACUGCCAGUUCCUGUGUGUCAACACCAUCGGCGGCUUCACCUGCAAGUGCCCCCCUGGCUUCACACAGCACCACACCGCCUGCAUCGACAAUAACGAGUGUGCUACGGAACCGGGCCUCUGCGGCUCCAACGGUGUGUGUCAGAACAGCCCUGGGAGCUUCAACUGCGAGUGCCAGAGAGGGUUUGCCCUGGACCAGAACGGACAGAGCUGUGAAGACAUGGAUGAGUGUGAUGGAAACCACCGGUGCCAACACGGCUGCCAGAACCUGGUGGGUGGGUACCGCUGUAGCUGUCCUCAAGGCUAUCUGCAGCACUACCAGUGGAACCAGUGUGUAGAUGAGAACGAGUGCCAGAACAGCCAGGUGUGCGGCAGUGCCUCGUGCCACAACACGCUGGGCAGCUUCCGUUGCAUCUGCCCCAACGGCUUCAACUUCGAGCAGAUGAGUGGCGGCUGCGCGGACGUGAACGAGUGCUCGUCCUCAGCGAACCCCUGCAACUACGGCUGCUCCAACACGGACGGCGGAUACCUGUGCGGUUGCCCGCCGGGCUACUUCAGGGCAGGGCAAGGGCACUGUGUGUCUGGUGUUGGCUUUGGCACGGGGGUUCCACUAGCGCCGGGCCAGGGCCAGGCUGGAGAGGGGGAUGACAACUCGCUGUCCCCGGAGGCCUGCUACGAGUGCAAGAUCAACGGGUACCCCAAGAAGGGCAGGAAGCGCAGGAGCACCAACGGGACGCUUGAUGAAGCUCUGGAAGAGUCGCAGGAAACGGUGAGCCUAGCCAGCGUGGACGUCGAAGACACCUUGGUGUUCAACCUGAACAUCAGCGACAUGAGGAGCAAAGACCACAUCCUGGAGUUCAUCCCGGCGCUCUCCACGCUCAACAACCACGUGCGCUACGGCAUCGACUUUGGCAACGAGGAGGGCCUCUUCAAAAUCAACCAGAAGGAGGGCAUAAGCUAUCUCCACUUAGCCAAGAAGAAGGCUCUGGUGCCCGGAGCCUACUUUUUACACGUCAGCAGUGUGCCUCUGUACAAGAAGAAAGAGCUGGCUCAGUUGGAGGAGAGCCAUGACAAAGACUACCUCACGGGACAGUUGGGGGACACACUGAAAAUGAAAGUACAGAUAGUAUUCCAUUAACUUGGGACAAAAAAAAAAAAAAAAAAAAAACGACAGAAGGGCUUGACACCAAAGAAAAAAAAAAGAUGAACGGGUGGGACUACUACAGUGAUCGAUAUGAUAUCACCAAAGGGCGAUUCCAUAUAUCAUAGGUACAAUCUCUUAACAUUCCAGUAAGAAUUUUCAAACCUUAGUGCCUCUCUUGAAAGCGCUAGAAAGGGGAUUCUGCUGACAAAACCACUUUACUUUUGAUACGCAUUGUAUGAACAAAAAAAAAGAGAAAACGAAUGUCUUCAAAUAAGAUUUUGUACUAUGAUAUGUUGAAUCUGGCAACGCGUAAUGGGACAAGGAAGACUGCAGGAGGGCACUGAUGCUGAGGGUUUUUUCAUCGCUUGGCAAUCAGAAGUGUUAUUAUUGUUCUGUUUUUGUUUUGUUUUGUUGUUUUUGUUUUGUUUUUGAAGAAAACAAGUUUGAUGGACUACGCUUCAUAAUUAUGCUUUCCCCCAUCUUCUCUACUGACUACAUCAGCACUAAUCAUAUUUACUGGUGCUAGUAACAUGACAACAUAGAUAUAAGAUGCACUGUAAUACUCCACAGGCACAGUGGCCGUACCUAUGCAGUCCCGGCUAGUAGCUAAGGGCCAUUUCCCAUCUCUUUUGCAACCCGAUGCAGUUAGUUCAAUUCAAUAGCCUCUCUGUUCUCAUUAUAUGCCUAUGCUAUGUGUAAAUUAAGUGUGUUUAUACUGUAAUCAUGCCACUUUUUAAUCUUGGAAGCAUUUGUAAAACUAGAUGGAGCCCUUGAAUUGAAAAGAGGGUGCCGUUAUGGUGCUUAUAAUGACCAACUACUUUGUUUGUUUGUUUGUUUUUGUUUGUUUUUACAAAAAAAGAAAACUGUGUACACCAUUCCGAUGAUGAAUAAUCUGUGACUUCAACCAAAAAUGAUGCACUGAGGUCCUCAUGGCCACACACUUUUGCGCAAGUACAAUCAGUGCUGUCAUCCCCCACGAUGACCACAUCAAAACACCAACACCAACACCAACUAAAGUACCAGUUUCGUUUCUGUGUUCACAUCAGUGAGGGGUAUAGGUGUAAAUUCACAAUAAAAACUAUUUUGGUUUUA